UUCAAAACAAUUUGUUAGUUUUUUUAAACAAUAAAAAUACAGUCGGUUUAGUCAUACUUUUAUACUCGACAAUAAAGGUACACAGAUCAAAAAAUAAUUUAAAAAAAUGUUGCUAAAAGUUUUAGUGUGUUUUUUCUUGUUUCAGACAUGUCUGGCUUCACCUACCGAAAUGUUUUCAGAAGAGGAUAUAUCCAUUGAGAUGCCAUCAAGAAAAACAAGCUCCUCAAAUACAGUGUUUUUGGAAAACGAAGAUAUGUUUUUCAAUUUUAUCAAAAAAUUGGUCGAUACUGCACACAAAUCAUCUUCCAUUGCUUUGAGAAGGAUCCAAAAAGACGCUGACAAAAGAGAAAAAUUGCAAGAAGAAAUUGGAGAUUUUUUAUCAACAUUUAAAGGGGCCCAAAUACCUAUUGUGGAUAACCUCCCCAGAUUAUUACCAAAUAAUAAUAAUAAAGAAGUAAAAGAAGUAAAAGUUGUACAAAAAGAACAACCCUAGAUAACAUUUUUAUUGUAGUUAUUGUUACUUAAACAUCACAUAGAUUUAAAUAUAUAAAUAUUAGGAUUCUUCAUUUGUGUAUUAUUUAUU